AUGACAUCUCAAAAUGUUGCUUCUCGAUGCCUAGCUACGCUAGUGUCAGAGUACGACCUUUGGCACCUUCAAGAGCCAUGCAAGCAGUGGAUAGAUUUCUGCCACGUGAACGGGAUCCCAUGGUGCGGCAUCACUUCUCCAGACGACAAAUUUCCCGGUCACGAGGAUUUUGAAGCUCAGAUCACUGAAUCCUGGGCAUUAGGCGCUCGUAACGAGAAGCCCUACGAAUCCAAAGUCAUGAUCUGUAACUCCACCAUCCCCAGAGCAAAAGAACCCAACAACCCCAUCCCCAUACGCAUCUACUACCCCAUAGCCUACUAUAGCCAGCGAGGCUCCGCUGAGCCGCUCCCCCUAUACAUCCACUUCCGAGGGGGCGGAUUCCUCUGCGGAAAUCUGGACACUGAGGACGCCAUCUGUUCCGCAAUGGUCACUGACCUGACCCCUACUUGUCCUAUCAUCGUCAUUAGCAUCGAAUACCGAAGUACGGUUGAUGCACCCUUUCCAGCCAUGUAUCACGACGCAUGGGAGGUAUACGAGUACAUGCAGAAACGGAUAGAAAAGUUCCACGGGGAUCGUAACCGCGUCAUUCUCGGCGGGGAUGACUCCGGCGCUGCGUUAGCACUGUGGGUUGCUCUGUUCGCAAAGAAAACCGAAGUAGUGCCCAGGCAACAAAAGCUUAAGAUUGUGGGGUUGAUGUUAUCUACACCGUGGUUUCCGCAUAUGGAUGAAGAGAAGAGCGCGCAGACUGAGUUGUCGAGGUAUCAGUGUUGGAAUGCGCCGUUUCUGCCAAUGGCCAUUCAUCAGAUGUAUAGGGAUAUGUUGGAAAUGGAGGCGUCGAAUUUGUCGCAUUUUACUGUUGGGGAAUGUUCGGACUUCUCGGGGUUGCCGAGGACAUUUGUACUAGUUGCGGGGCAGAGCUUGUUGAGGGAUCAGGCCUUAAGGUUUACGCGUUGCCUGGAACAUGCUGGUGUUCCACUUUCUAUCGAGGUAUUUGCCGGAAUGCCGCAUGAUUUUCGACGCAUCUAUGUCUUGCCAGACGCUGAUGUCGCAAAUGCUAUGGUUGAGGAUAAUGUUAGGUGGAUUCUAAAUAUGCCUCAUCGUUUGUAUACGGAUUAA